UAUUCUUGCUCUCUUCACCCAGGUGAGGGACGUGGAGGCCCUGGUACGCAGGUUCAAGACAGACCUCCAUAACUGUGUAGGCUUCAUCCAGGAGCCUAAGAGGUUAAAGGAUAGUAUCAGAGAGCUCUAUGACCACUACGUCCAGCAGAGUGAUGUGGUGGACAUAGUGGGUGUGGACGCAGACAUCCAGAGGGAGUACAGUCGUCAGAGGGAACACCUGGAGAGGAAUGUGGCGUCUCUGAAGAGGAAGCUGGCCAAAGACACAGAGGUCCACCGGACAGAAAACGUCAAGAUCAUGAAGGAGAACGUGUCUCUGAUAAAGGAGAUCAAUGAUCUGAGGCGGGAGCUGCGUCUGGUGAGGACUCAGGUCCACGACAAUAAGAGCCAAUCAAGCAUCAGCAAAAAGAAACUGAGCUCCUCAGACCUCACUGCGCUGACCUCUGUGGAGGGGAGGGGUUUAGUGGCGAGGCUGAAUUUCGAGGAGGAAGCGGAGCGUAUCAUCCAGCUGCAGCGCAUGGAGAUCCAGAGGCUGAAGAUGCAGAUGCAGGGCCAGAGCCACUCCCUAAUACCCCCCUCUAGCAGCACCAAGCUGCCUGUACUCACCACUUGAUCCUGGGGGAGGAGAGGAGGAGGAGGGGGGUUGUGAUGGUUACACGAGUUAAGAGUUAUUGGUUAAAAGUUAUUGUUUUUCUUUAAAAUCAUUUAGCAGAGUUUGAUUGAGCUUGCCUGGCACAAUGGAGUAAGUAGAACAGACCAUAAACGUGCAAAUCCAGCAUUCCUGGUUGGCUCAAUCAAACGCUGAGCGAAAAUAAAUACUGUUUGAACCCAGGUCUGAUUAGGAACUCAGUUUUAAUGGAAUGAACCUGACAUUGGUGGACAUGAGCAGUAGAUUUGGUAUAUACCCAAUAAACUGUAGAGAUACAUGUACUGAUUAUACAUGGAGGUAGUCGAGCUGAGGGCAUCUAGCCUGGUCCCAGAUCUGUUUGUGCUGAUUUGCAUGACAACGAUCAUAGGAGUUGGCUAUGCAGCACAAACUGAUCUGGGACCAAGCUAGAAGCAACCUGCAGAAACACAGGGCCAGGGAUUGAUCAGGUGUCUGCCCACAAUAUCUAUCACAUAGUCACACUGAGUGAAGCAUUGAAAACACCAUUUCAACAGUCAAAUACGAGCAGUGUAUUUAUAUUAUAUAGUCGGGCAAUAAGAAGCUAUUUGUGUUAUGUGUGAUGUAAAUAAAGAUUUUAAAAUGUU